AGAAAGCUCAAUAGGGUGGUACAAGCAGAUGAAAGUGAAAUAUAGCGUUUGAAGUGCAAAUAAAGAUAAGUAGCUUAUCAGGAAAGAGCGCAGCAAAAAUAAACUUUUGACAGUCGGGCGAGUGUUCACUGCAAGAAAAUGUUUCACCUGGUGCUGCUUACCAUGGCUAUUGGCCUGCUCUUGUACUGGCUCACCCAAAAACCUGAAAAUUUUCCUCCUGGACCUCCGAGGUGGCCAAUUAUUGGUAACAUUCUAGAGGUACUUGUGUUCUCUAAUGGGAAAGGGAAGCUUGAAGUUUUUGCAACUAUUUCAAGACUUUACGGAGGCAUUGUUGGUCUAUACUUAGGGGUGCAGCCGACGAUAAUCGUUAGUGAUUACAAAUUAGUAAAAGAACUGAGUAUCAAUGAUGAUCUGUGCGGUCGGCCUAGUGGUAAUAAAGAUAUCGAUAAACUCAUGUACAAAGGGAAGAGCAGAUGUGGAAUUAUUUUUAAUCACGGUGAUGAUUGGCGCGAGCAGAGGCGCUUUUCUUUGCGCCACAUGCGUGAGUUGGGCUUUGGCAAAAUGAGCCUGGAAGGAGUGAUCCAGGAAGAGGUUGAGGACCUUCUUAGACAGGUGACAAAGAAGGCUGGUGCUGAUUUCGAACAUCCUGUGGAGUUGAGCGACCUUUUGGGGGUGGCGAGUAUCAACGUACUGUGGUAUGUCGUCGCUCGUGAAAGAUACUCGCAUGACGACGCCAGGGUCGCCGUUCUGACUAAUUUGAUCAGAAGCAUCGCCAGUCGGCUGGACGGCGCCGGCAGCGCGUACAGCCACUUUCCGUGGAUAAUGGCUCUUUUGCCGGGCACAGCAUCAAAAUUCCAGGAUUACUUGGACAUAAGAGAAAGACUGCAGAAUUUCAUUCUGGAGCGAAUUAAAGAGCACAAAAAAACACUUGAUAAGAAUAAUCCUCGUGACUUCAUAGACGUUUAUUUAGCCGAAAUGCAAGAGCAACAGGAGCGCAACAAAGAAAAGACGUCAUUUCAUGAGUUGCAGCUUCUUGAAAUAAUCAGUGAUUUUUUUAUCGCUGGUUUUGACACAACUUUUAAUUCGAUGGCUUUUGCUCUCAUCUACAUGGUGUGCUAUCCUGAAGUGCAAAAAAAAAGUCAGAAGGAAAUUGAUACUGUGGUUGGAGGAAAUAGAUUGCCGAGUCUCUCUGACAGGAGCAGUCUUCCUUACGUGGAGGCAACAAUUGAAGAGAUUUUCAGGACGAGUUCAGUUGUGCCACUCGCAGUGCCACACGCUGUACUUCACGCAAGCAAAGACGUGCCUUUUCACGGCUACACCAUUCCAAAGAACACAAGAAUCCUUCUGAAUUUGGCGCAUAUGCACAGUGACCCGAACCUCUGGGGUGACCCUCAAAACUUUCGACCAGAACGAUUUCUAUCGGAGGAAAACAAAGUCAAAAGGCCUGAAUAUUUGAUGCCUUUUGGAAUAGGGAAGCGGCAGUGUCUGGGCGAAACUUUGGCACGCAGCAACAUGUUUAUGUUCUUCACUUCAAUCAUGCAACGCUUUGAACUUUCAGUUCCCAGCGGUGGCAAGUUGCCCGAUAGCAAAGAUGUGAUAGGCGCCUUCACCCUAUGUCCCACACCUUAUCAGGCUAAAAUCACGCCAAGAUUGUAAAAAAAUAAUACAUGAAAUAAAAAGGAAAGUUUAGUAAGAGUUAAUAAUAAAAAAUUGAAAAAUUCAUAAAAUUAUUUUAUCACCA